UGGACCGCCCACCGCGGCGCGGACGGUCGCGAGUACUUCUUCAACGCGCUCACGCGGCAGAGCACGUACGAGAAGCCGGAAGCGCUGAUGACGCCGACGGAGCGCGCGGACGCGACGACGCGAUGGAGGGAGCACGUCGCCGCGGACGGACGGUCGUACUACUACCACAAGGACACGAAGGAGACAAAGUGGCAGAUCCCG